AUUUUUUUUUUUUUUGAAAUGCGAAAUGUUAAUUUUUCAAAGUGUUGAAAUGUUUUAACAAGAGCCCGACUCCUAAUGACAGGACAAUUUAUAAUACAAACAAGCCAGAUUACAUCGUAAUCAAGCUGACUUAAAAGCAAAUAAAAAAACAGGGCUACCAUAUUGGCCUGCUUUUUUUAUUAUUUUUUAUUUAUUUAUUUAUUUUGUUGUUAUAUCUAAAUAUAAAUUUCUACACUGGUUAGUCUUGCCAACCAAGAAUAAAGAAAGUAGAUUCCUCCAAAUAGAUGGGACAAGAAAGUUCAAACCUGAUUAAAAAAUUGGGGAAGUAAAAUGACAUUUAAGCUUAAACAUGGCCUUGGUUAUUAACUUAUUAUUGAUUUCUUGCUCUUACAAAAUCUUUCAAGUGCAAAAAGAAAACCCAAAUGGCAAUUGGCUUCAGUUAUUGGCAAGACAGAAGGAACUUCGUUAUUCAUGUAUUGGAAAGCAAAUGGUUCAUGGUGUUUGGCACACUCUUGAUCAUGAGCGCCAAUGGCUCUGGUUACAUGUUUGGUUUAUACUCAAAUGACAUCAAAUCAAAAUUGGGUUACGACCAAAGCACCCUGAAUUUGAUAAGCUUCUUCAAAGACUUGGGUGGAAAUCUGGGAAUCUUGGCAGGGCUAAUCAACGAGGUGUCACCACCUUGGGUGGUGCUGUCAAUUGGUGCAGCCAUGAACUUCUUUGGCUACCUCAUGAUAUGGACUGCCAUCACUAAUAGAGUGCCAAAACCUCAUGUUUGGCAAAUGUGUCUUUACAUCUGCAUUGGCGCAAAUUCAUUGUCUUUUCCUAACACCGCCGCAUUAGUUGCCUGCGUGAAGAAUUUCCCAGAAAACCGAGGCAGUGUUAUAGGCCUCUUGAAGGGAUUGAUUGGUCUAAGUGGUGCCAUCUUGACACAGGUCUAUCAUGCCAUUUAUGGAAAUGAUUCCAAGGCUCUUGUCUUGUUCAUUGCUUGGCUUCCGCCUGUUGUUUCUUUGGUUUUUCUUCGAACAAUUCGAAUCAUGAAUACCAUUAGGCAACCAAAUGAGCUGAGAGUCUUUUGUAACUUCCUAUAUAUAUCACUUGGUGUAGCCGGAUCUCUCAUGACCAUAAUUAUUAUACAAAACAGCUUACAUUUCAACAGACCCCAGUAUGCUGCAAGUGCUUCUGUUAUUUUGGUUCUACUCUUUUUCUCAUUGUUUGUUGUCAUUAAUGAAGAACUAAAGUCCUGGAAGCUCAAAAAGCAAGCCUUAAAAGAAACUUCCCAAGACUUUCCAAUAUCAGAACAAUUGCCAGUUAUUGCUGAAAAUCCACUGACCCCCGAGCCACAUCCAGUUGCAAACCGAGUUAUGACAAGUUCAGUUAAAACAUACUUAAGUUGGAUGAAAACCAUUUUCAAUGCACCAGAUAGAGGUGAAGACUAUACCAUACUCCAGGCCGCGUUAAGCAUCGACAUGGUAAUUCUCUUUAUUGCCACAACAUGUGGGGCUGGAGGGGCAUUGACAUUAAUUGAUAAUUUGGGUCAGAUAGGAAGCUCCUUAGGGUAUCCUAAACAUAGCAUAGCGACAUUUAUAUCUCUCAUUAGCAUAUGGAAUUUUCUCGGACGAGUCGUGGCAGGCUUUACUUCUGAAAUUUUCUUAACAAAGUACAAGCUCCCUCGCCCUAUAUUGCUUGCCAUAGUGAUGCUUCUCUCUUGUGUUGGUCAUCUCCUCGUAGCCUUCUCUGUCUCACAUUCUCUUUACUUUGCAUCAGUAAUCAAUGGCUUUUGCUAUGGAGCACAACUAUCAUUGUUGUUUGCAAUCAUAUCCGAACUCUUUGGCCUCAAAUACUACUCAACUCUUUACAAUGUUGGAGCACUUUCGAGCCCCCUCGGCUCUUAUAUUCUCAAUGUGAGGGUGGCUGGUCGCUUGUAUGAUAAAGAGGCUCUAAUGCAAAUGAAAGCCCUAGGCAUUGUGAGGAAAGCUGAAGAGGAAUUGACUUGUAAUGGUGGUAAGUGUUACAGGACGGCUUUCAUAGUAAUCACAGCUGUGACAUUGUUUGGCUCCCUUGUUUCAUUCAUUUUGGUGUUUCGAACAAGAAAGUUUUACCAGAGUGAUAUCUACAAGAAGUUUAGGGAAGAAGAAACAGCUAUGACUCAGAUCACACCUAAUUGAAACCAUAACAGAAUAACAGAAAUAGAAAAUGUUGCAGCUGUAAGUACUGGUGUUACUCCCACUGUACUAAACCACCAGAAACAGAACCAUCAUAGAAAUAUCUCUGUAAUAAAAAAGAAAGAUAUUUGGCAAUGUGUGAAAACAAAUUUGGCAUAUGAGAAUGUCCUUAGCAAUCUAUUCUUCUGUAAGAUCACUAUAGUAACUGUUACCCAGGAAUUGCUCCUAAUCGUUAAUUUCCAAGGAAAAACUACCACUGAAAGUAGCGGCUGAAUCCCAGAUGUAAGACUCAAUAAGAAUUGCAACUAAAGGGAGUUAAAAGAAAGAGAUAUCUUGUGCUGUUUUGCACCAAUAAUCACAACCAAAACUUGGUAACAUCUUGGAGUAAACAGCAGUCCAAUUAACAAACGGCUCAACUGUAAAAGAUCAAAGAUUCUAUAACAAAACAUAAAUAACCAUCAAUAGACAUUAUGUACUUUCUUCUUUUCAUAUCUGCCUUGUGAAAACUUAUAGAAAGCAUCUCAGACAUUAUCCAUUUUUGGUUCCAUGCCCACUAGCAUAGGAGUUAACUGAAGAAAGAAUCAGCCAUAAUAUAUCCGAAAUGAGUUCCAGACAUCAAGUUCCACACCAUUAGAAGUUCCAUACUUAUAUAUUUAAGAAAAACUAAGUUAACAUAGCAACUAGCUACAAAUGCCUCCAUCACACGGUCACAGAUCAGAAACUGAACGCUGGUGUAAACAUAAACACAUUCUACAAAUAAAACUAACAAAAUUGUCUCAGUAUGGAUCAUAUGAUGAUAGAUGAUCUCCCCUCCUAGGACGAUCAUAAGGACCUGCCUUUUCUCUAUAGCCUCCCCUGCCAUAAGGCACAUGACGAUCUGGCCCUCCACUUCCAUUCCUGUCACCACCAGUUCUUGGAUCUCCAUCUCUGAAGUAGCCUCUGCCUCUACCAUACUCAUUUUGGAGCUCUCGGUCAACAAAGGUGUCACGAGCAGGUGCAUACCUUUCACUGUACCUAUCACUGACAUAACGAUCCUGGCUUUCAUACCUGCUUUCUCUACCAUCAAAACGAUCCCUAUCUCCAUAACGUCCUCGGCUGAAUCGAUUAUCAAAAUGGUCUGUCCUGAAACGAUCUCCACGACCACCACCACCACCACUACCUCUGCCAGAACCAAACUGGGAUGAGAAACGUCCCCCAACAUCCCCACCCAAAGGGCACUCACGAGCAAAAUGUCCAGGACGACCACACUUGAAGCAAUCAGAACCAGAGCCAGAACGGCCUCCUGGUCUUCUCCCACCAGGAACAUAGUCCCUGUCAUAUUCCAAACCAGCAUCAACAUCACCCAACUUUGGCUUUGCCUUGUUCACUGAUAUAACCCGACCAUCUAACUCCCGGCCAUUCAUAUCACUGAUUGCAUCACCCAUAGCUCGAUGAUCAGCAAAAGUUACGAAUCCAAACCCACGAGGGCGACCAGUCUCUCUGUCAGCCACAACC